CCCCCGCCCGCGGUGGGUUCCUCUGGCUCUUCCCGCGCAGACCCCUACAUUUCCGCCUCCGGCGGGUGGCCACCCGGAAGCGGUGGAGCGAGCCCGGCGAUGUGGCGGCCACCGCCAGGGCUGUGGUGGCUGCUGCUCUGGCUGCUGCCCGCGGGCGCCGUGUGCGGGGAGGACGCGGCGCUCUCAGCUUCAAGAUGUAAAGAUUUGAAGGAAGCGGAUUUAAUUAAAACUCAGAGGUCAGACUGUUACUGCUACAGCCAAAACUCUCAAAUACACUGGGCGUAUAUGUGGUCCACGCUGCAGGUGAGCAUUACCAGUCCAGUCCUCCUUAGUGUUGUAUAUAUCACAGAAAGGCAUAAUUGCCAGUAUCCAGAAACGAUUCUGUCUGUUAUCAGAUGUAUAAUUCAUAACUUUUGGACACCAAAGGAGUCUAAUAAUAUUACCAUAAAAAUCAGCCCCUACAAGGAGACAGUAUGCUUCAGUGUGAAGCCCAGCAGGAAGACCUCUGGCUACACCAUAAAUGUGAAUCGAAACAUUGUGGAUUUCAAACUCUUCCUUGUGUUUGUGGCGGGCAUUGUCCUUUACUUUUACGCAAAGACCUUGAGCCAAAGCCCCAUUUUCUAUUACUCCUCAGGGACUGUGCUAGGUGUAGUGAUGACGUCAGUCUUCAUCCUGCUGUUGGUGAAAAGAUACAUCCCAAAGUAUAGCACCUUUUUGGCUUUAAUGGUUGGUUGUUGGUUUGCUUCCGUUUAUGGUAUAUACGUAUUGAUGGAAGAGCUGCAAUGGCUGUGGUACAGAAACGGAAUAUAUAUAUUAGGCUAUACCCUGGUAGUUGGAUUUUUAAGCUUUGCUGCCUGUUACAAACAUGGGCCCCUUGUGGACGGCAAGAGCAGAACUCUCCUGCAGUGGACGCUGCAGCUGCUCUCCCUGGUGCUGAUCUACGCCGGCGUGGCAGCGCCUCAGUGCGCCUGUGCCGUGACGCUCCUGCUCCUCUGCUCCCCAAGUCUGCCCUAUGUCCUGAAAAUACUGAGUUAUCUGAAACGGAGAGCAAAGCAGUGUUUCACAUCAAAGUGGCCAGCGGUAAAACACCUCACGGAAGAGGAGUACAGGGAGCAGGCCGAGGUGGAAACAGCCCGAGGUCUGGAGGAGCUGCGCCAGGCCUGCCGCCAGCCCAACUUCCCCACAUGGCUGGCCGUGUCCAGACUCCAGGACCCUAAGAAAUUUGCAGCCUUUGUUCUGGGAUCCAGCCACCUGUCGCCUAAGGAAGUGAGUCUGCACGACGCGCAGUACGGCCCCGGCGGCGCCUUCCUGGAGGAGCAGCUUUUUAACCCACAGGCUGACGGGCUCCCUGCAAGUUAACCUGACGCUGGCGAGGACGUGCGCCGGGCAGGGGUGCUGACAACCUCGCGCAGAACUGCUCUGCGGGCAGCUGUGCGGGAGGAGCCGUACUGGAAAGGAAGAUGACCUAGCUGGGAAGGACUUGGCAUUCGUGGCAACUCCUGCUGCCUGCUGUCCUGCUUCUGUGACAGGCAGUGCCCCUUGCCUGCCUAUGUGAAGGCUUUCACUAGGAACAAAGAACUACGUUGCCCCUCGGGGGACAGUCAGUGUGGCAGUGCCUUCCUUGUCAACACCAGGCACUCGUCCUCUGUUAAUCCCCUGAACCUGUGUCACAAGACCGAGUUCCUCCCCAGACAGCUCAUCAGUAUCUAUGCUGGAAGAGACCUGGGCAGGCUGUUUCAGUGUUCCGUACACAGUUCUCGUGUGAGUCAGGGAUUCUGAGGUCAGUGGAGAUCAGUGCAAGGUUAAUUGAAUGUACUGCAAGACUUCUCAGAGCCCUGAUGCUGGUGUCCACUGUGACUCUACUAAAAGGGCGAAGUCAUGCACGGUUUCUGAGUGUGACCACAGAAUCCUUUUUUAUGGGGUUGAUAUUCCUUGGAACACAGGAUUAGAAAAUGCUCCAUGAUUAGGAUUGCAAUGUGGGGGAGUUAAACAACUUGUUUAAGAGCAAAGAGGUAAGCAGAGGCACUACCGGCAGAGUUCCAGCCCUGGAGGUCCCCUCACCUGGAGAAAGAAGCCGCCUUCAGACCCAGCCGAGGGCAGCCCUGCCGCCAGGGCCUCGCGGUGUGGGCUUUUUAUCUUUCACUGUUCAACAGUGGCCGUCUGGCUAUUUAAUAACUGAUAAAAACAUUUCUCAAGAUUAUAUUUUUGAUAGGACUUCUAUAUGCAUUCAUAAAUGACAGAAGUUAAAUUAUUUUUGUACAUUGCAAUUGAAGGCAUCUACACUUUUAUGACAUUGAGUUGCUUUUUAAAAAGUUUUAUAGCUAGAUAUGUUUGUAGUGAUGUCCUGCAAAGCAGACAUGUGAUAUUCUUUACACAAUUGUGUUUGGUUUCUUAAUCCCAGAGUGAAAUAGGCCUAAGUUCUGACCUGGAGGAAAGGAGGUCAGACAGGCGUGGGGUUGGGCACAGUGGAGAGAGCUGGGGCAAAGGCGGAGCAGAACUGAUACUCAGAGAAUCCAAUGGCAGGGACCUGCAGGAUGAGGAAUUCCUCUUGGUAAGAGAAGGGUCCUGGGGGAGCAGCCCUCGGGGAAUGUUGUCACUGUUGAUGUCCUGAGCCACACUCGGCAGUGCUUUUUCCCCUUGUCAGCUCAGAACUUGCUAAGCUGAUGUGCAAAGGUGGUUUCCUCAAGCAGGAUGUCAGUUCCAUAGUCCUGCUUUUGUGAGACAUCAUUUAAUAUCCAGAACCUUCUUUUUGUAAGCCUCACUGCACGCGCUUGGCUCCUUCACAGAGACUGCUAAACAGUCACUUUGUGAGGAUGACGCUUACAGGACCAAGCAGGAGUGCUACAUCAUUUUUCUUAGAGUUGAAUCUGAUUUUAUUUUUAUAAUUGUAUUUACUGGUGAUGUUCAUGUGCAAGAUAGAGCAAUGCUGGUGCUUACCCACCUCGCCUCCUGAGAGGCGUGUGUGUCCUGCACACUUUGGGUGUAAAGUGAGUGUUGGCAGGAGGGGACAGCCCCUGGGCCCUGUGACCCGGGCCAUGCCACGUGACCGCCACAGCGAGUCUCGCACAGGGGCGAGAAGAUACAGCCUUCCUUCCGGGAUGUGGGUUUUCAUGUUUGUUUUUAAAACAUAUCAUGGAUUUGCUGGUUUCUGUUACGUGAGCCUCGUGAGCAGCUUCACAAUUAAAGGCGGCACUCACCCUGUUUCUUGGCGUCUCUAACCUGUUUUAUUUCAGAUGCAAUGCAGUGUUCCAGCCCGAAUGCCUACCAGACGAUGUUCAGAUUUUCCUCUUUGCCUUCCUCCCUCGUUUUCUCUCUGUCCUUGCCUUUCUCUGUCCUGCUAAAGGUCUUGGAGCAGUUUAAAGGGCCAUGCAGUCAGGUGGCUGUGGCCCCCGCCCCACAGGGGCGCCCCGCGGCGGAGGUGUGGAGUUAGAGCCCGGCAGACAGAACCGCUGUGGUGUCUCCGCUUCCUUGAGAUGCCUCACAAAAGCCUACUGUUGUUAGCAAAUUGGGCUGUUGACACGUGUGGGUGACACAGCGUUGAUGGCCAGAGUAAAAGAGGUCCUAAAUGAUCAUCAUUCAAAUGUUACUUAAAACGUUCUUUUUAAAAACAUUUUACAUAUGACAAAAAAUGCCUUGUGAAUUUGCUAUACAAUUUGCCAAUACUGCUUAGGGCUAAAUUAUAGGGGAGUGGCCAUCUGACAUUUAGGGAAGUAUUUUAUUUAUUUAUUUAUAUUUUAGGGAAGGGUCUACAGAUCAGACUCAUAG